CAUGCGACACUCUACAUAGAUCGAAACACCAUCAAGAUAUUAUAAAUCGCGAUUCUCUACUACCCAUUUCUUUCCGCGAUACGGACUGGACUUACCCGCUUCACUGGCUCGUUAUGGAGCUGAUAUCGGUGCUGUCAUUUGGAGUACGACGCCCAUCCCAUCGAGCACGGCAACAAAGCCAUCCCAACGCAAUAAGGCCCUCAGAGCAGUUGCAGGGACUGGUCUUGUGGCCAAGAUGCCCGAACGUCCUCUGACGAUCGCUACGUACGCUGCAGGCGCCUCUUUGGCAGCUAUCACCCUGGUGUAUUGUUUCGGUCCGACGUUUUUCCUCGAUGAUGCUGCAGCGAACAGCACCAAGUCUGGACGCAAGAAUGGCGUUGUGGGUCUGGUGAAUCCUGCGAAUGACUGUUUCAUCAACAGUGUGCUCCAAGCACUUGCAGGCUUGCCGGAGCUGAGGAUCUUUCUUAUACGUGAGGUUCAUCUGAGAUCACUAGAUGGGCCUGAGGUGUACAGGAGCCCCGUGGCGAUGGUGCACGAUGAAGCGGGCGAUGCUUCCACCUUGAAACGACUCCCAGAUUGGAAGAUUGUGGGUCUUCAGCAGGGUCUUGUCACUGCUGGUCUGAAAGACGUGCUCGAUGCAUUGAACGAGCGACCCAUAUAUCGAAAGACUAUAUCUGCACAAGGUUUCAUCCGCACUGUAGAGCAAGCAUUUCGGACGCACAUAAACCGAUCACAGCAAGAUGCACAAGAAUUUCUCCAGAUUAUUGUCGAAAGACUGGCAGACGAAUACCAGGCUGGCAAGAAGGCACGCAAGAGGCUGCAUGAGCCUUCGCCGCCCACAACUGUUCGUACCUGCAGCGCGGCCACGGAAUCAGCCGUUAAGCAGGAUCAAAACAAUUCUGAAUCAAUUACCACUUCAACUCAGCCCUCGAGCGGUGAGACCUCACCGAAGCAUUCAUCGCUCGAACCGCAUCCGGCGCGCGGGCACGACGCAGCCGGGCACUCAUUUCCAAUGGAAGGCAAGGUUGAAUCGCAAGUGGAAUGUCUUCAUUGUGGAUUCAAACCGAGAGCAACGGAGUCCUCCUUUGUGACGUUGACUUUGAACGUGCCCCACCAAGGUUCCUCCACAACGUUGAAUGAUUGCUUCGAUGGCAUGUUCAAAGUCGAGCACAUCGACGAUUUCACUUGCGAUCGCUGUCGACUGGUUCAUGCUCUCGACGUCAUUGGCCAGAAAUUGUCCAAAAAAUCAAUCAUAAAGGAGGAAAAAGAACUGCUCGAGUCUGACCAGGAGAGGAUCAAUAUCGCGAUUCGCGAUGACCCAGAGAAUCCACCUAAGGAUAUUGCUUUGCCUAGUCUUACAACGGCACCAAAGCGAAGGAUCGCGAAGCACGUGCGAGUGUCAUCCUUCCCACGAAUAUUAGCCGUCCAUCUUAGCCGGUCAAUCUGGGACCUCCAUGCAUCAAGCUCAAAGAAUUUGGCGAAGGUGUCAUUUCCAGAAAUUCUACCGCUGGGAGGACUACUCGAUCGCAAGGUCUAUAGGCUCUUGGGUGUUGUUACCCAUAGGGGGGGCCACAACAGUGGGCACUAUGAAUCUUUUCGUCGGCAGAUGCUGAGUCCGCCAUUUUCGACCCCUACAUCAAUGGGCACGGAAGGCCCCUAUAGUCGUAAGCCCCAUUCAACGGCUGACGAUCGACCUACCGCAGCAUCCAGUCCCCAUCUGCGUGCGAAUUUCCCAGCAACAUCGCUUCAUUCUGAUGACGAAGACCAAACGCCUACAGACAAAGUCUCGAAGACAUCGCAUGAUGCACAUCACGAUGCAAAAGACCCGCCACGGCCUGAUUCAAGAAGCACGAACCAGGACACGCUGACCAGGUCUUUGAAUUUGGACGAUUUGCCGACUCCUGGACUAUCCCGCCUAUCGACGAACGUAGAUUCUAUCGACAGGCCACAGAGUGCAGGAGCUCAGUCGAAUGGGACAGGCAGGUCCAUUGGACUUCCGAAGCUGCGCAACUCAUCCAAGAAAAACAAAGCCCACGAUCGUUGGUGGCGCAUCAGUGAUGAUAGGAUCAAGGAGAGUAAAACCAGCGAAGUACUAGGCAUGCAGCGAGAGGUGUAUCUCCUCUUCUAUGAGAUUAUCACAGACGCAGCCUAGCAAAGUCUGACGGUGGCGCGCACAACGAAGAGUCAAUCAAUUGAACAAUUCACGUGAUGUGUGAGGUUUUCCCAAUCCUGUGUGAUAGGCUUUCACCUUGUAUUAUAAGCGACAGAAGCACAAUCGCACUUAAAAUGAUAAGACUUAUUAUCUGCAGAGAGCCGCU